UUAUUUUACCUGUCACAAAAUCCUCACAACGAGUUCUCUUAAAGAACAGACAGCUUCGAGGUUUUAAAAGCUAGUAAAAGACAGAGGACGGCGUCAGUACAAUGUUAGACAUGGAGAAAAACAUGUCUGAAUUAGGUGAUCAAGCUGUGGUGGUUGAUGAAUCUUCUGUAGAUUGGAGAGGCAGACCCUGCAAGCCAAACAAACAUGGUGGAACGAGUGCUGCUAUAUUUGUUCUUGGUCUUCAGGCAUUUGAGAUGAUGGCUAUUGCUGCUGUUGGGAAUAAUCUGAUAACAUACGUGUUCAAUGAGAUGCAUUUUCCACUGUCAAAAUCCGCAAAUAUUGUCACAAACUUCAUAGGCACUGUCUUCCUUCUUUCUCUUCUUGGUGGAUUUCUCUCUGAUUCUUAUCUGGGGAGCUUCUUCACUAUGCUUAUCUUCGGCUUUGUGGAGCUCUGUGGUUUUGUACUUCUGGCUGUUCAAGCCCAUCUUCCAAAGCUAAGGCCACCAAAGUGCAACAUGAUAGAUCAAGGAAAGAGCUUGUGUGAAGAAGCAAAAGGCUACAAGGCUUCAAUAUUUUUUUUGGCUCUUUACUUAGUGGCUUUGGGAAGUGGUUGUCUGAAACCUAACAUAAUCUCUCAUGGAGCAGAUCAGUUCAGGAAAGAUGAUCCUUCACAGAACAGGAAGCUUUCAACUUUCUUCAACAUCGCUUACUUUGCCUUCUGUAUGGGAGAGCUUAUUGCCCUGACUCUUCUGGUUUGGGUCCAAACCAAUUCAGGCAUGGAUCUCGGGUUCGGAGUCUCGGCUGCUGCCAUGGCUGUGGGCUUGAUCUGCUUAAUCUCUGGGACUAUUUCUUAUCGGAACAAGCCUCCUCAAGGAAGUAUUUUCACGCCUAUUGCUCAGGUUUUUGUGGCUGCAAUAACAAAGAGAAAGCAAAUAUGCCCUUCAACUACAGACAAGAAGCUUGAUGGAAGCCAGACCAGCAAGCCAAAUCAUGAUUCAGCAACUUCAACAACCAAUAUCAACAAUUUUCUUCAUGCAGAAAAGUUCAGAUUCCUUGACAAGGCUUGCAUCAAAAUCCAAGAAGGAACUGAAGCAAAGGAAAGCCCAUGGAAACUAUGCACAGUAUCACAAGUUCAGCAAGUGAAGAUAAUCAUAUCAGUUAUUCCAAUUUUUGCCUGCACCAUCAUAUUCAACACAAUCUUAGCUCAGCUUCAAACCUUUUCAGUUCAACAAGGAAGCAUCAUGAACACAAACAUCACAAAAAGCUUCAAAAUCCCUCCUGCUUCACUUCAAUCCAUCCCUUACAUCAUGCUCAUAUUUUUUGUCCCUCUCUACGAAACCACUUUCGUUCCGAUUGCCCGAAAAUUCACCGGAAAGGAUUCUGGAAUCUCCCCUCUACAAAGAAUCGGCAUUGGACUCUUCACUGCAACAUUUUCAAUGGUAUCAGCUGCAUUGGUAGAGCACAAGAGAAGAAAUUUAUCUUCGAAUCAAACACUCUCGAUCUUUUGGAUCGCGCCUCAGUUCUUAAUCUUCGGCCUCUCGGAGAUGUUCACCGCAGUUGGUCUCGUCGAGUUCUUCUAUAAACAAUCAUUAGAAGGAAUGCAAGCAUUUUUGACGGCCAUGACUUAUUGCUCAUACUCAUUUGGAUUCUACUUGAGCUCACUUCUUGUGUCUCUAGUGAACAAAAUUACAUCAAGUUCUGGAUCAUCAGGUGGAUGGCUUAGUGACAAUGAUCUUAACAAGGAUAGGCUUGAUCUUUUCUAUUGGCUUCUUGCUUCACUAAGCUUUGUUAAUUUCUUUAACUAUCUUUUCUGCUCAAGAUGGUAUUCUUCAAACUCGCUAGCUAAAGUAUCCACCUCAAGGGACUUUUAGAGAAGAUAAAUAGAGUCUUAGGCUAAGAUAUAUUCUCUUAUAGCAUGUUAGGGUUGCAAAUAUCAGAGCUUGAAAUAUUAUGUGAUAUAUAUGGUAUUGACAUAGUUGGGUUUUGUACUAAGAAAAAGAUGAAAAAGUGCAUUAACUAUUUUCUUAUGUAA